CCGGAAGGUAAAUCGUUUAUUUACGCUUUUCAAGAUGGCGGCGGGAAUGUAUUUGGAACACUACCUGGACAGUAUUGAAAACCUUCCUUUUGAGCUUCAAAGAAAUUUCACACUCAUGAGAGAUCUGGACCAGCGGACCGAGGACUUGAAAGGCCAGAUAGACUUGAAGGCUAAGGAGUACACGUCCAACGCACGGUCUCUGACCUCGGAGCAAAAGCUUACUCUGCUCCGGGACAUACAGCAGUCCUACGGCAAAUGUAAAGAAUUCGGAGACGACAAGGUGCAGCUGGCCAUGCAGACUUAUGAAAUGGUGGACAAGCACAUUCGUCGCCUGGAUACAGACCUUGCCCGCUUCGAAGCUGACCUGAAGGAGAAGCAGAUCGAAAGCACCGACUAUGACUCCACCUCCAGCAAAGGAAGAGACAAGAGCGAUCUGAGGGGUCCCAAGGAGAAGAAGGUGGCCAGGUCCAGGUCAAAGGUCAAGUCAGACGAGGACUGCAGCCCCAAGAGCGCCCAGAAGAAAGUCAAGCUCACACAGACAGCGGAUUUGCCCGCCCCUGUGGUGAACUUUGGGAACGUGCACCCCUCUGAUGUCCUGGACAUGCCGGUGGACCCCAACGAGCCCACCUACUGCCUCUGUCACCAGGUGUCCUACGGAGAAAUGAUUGGCUGUGACAACACAGACUGCUCUAUUGAGUGGUUCCACUUCGCCUGCGUUGGUCUGACCACGAAACCUAGAGGGAAGUGGUACUGUCCACGGUGUACUCAGGAGAGGAAGAAGAAGUGAUCUCAGUAACAGAUUGACAUAGUCAGUAGAGUCAACUAUGCCAGUGACCUCCAUGGACACCGUCUAGCUAGAGUCCCUGGUGGUGGAGUAGAUAUCUCUGUAUCUCUGAUCCCACUCCCUCUCUCAGCAGUAUGUUGGACUGUUGUACCACCACCCAGGCCUACACCUUUUCUCUGUCAAACAGAAAGAAGCGAGAAAGGAGUUGUAGUAUGUACACAUUCAAGGUUUGAUCUUUGUUUUGCCUUUUCAUUGUUGCCUUUAUAUGCUUAAUUAUACCACACAACUUCACAUUAUAACAUUUGAAUAUGAAUAAAAAAAUAGGAUAUCAUGCUAAAGUUAUUGCUUCCUAUGAGCAAAUCCUAACAGACUGUUGAGAUUUGAAAGCAGCUCGUUGGAAAAUCCUUUCUCAUGUUGUGUAAUGUGAAACGACAGUCCAACUGAGCGUGAGAGGAGACAGCAGCAAGGCCUGUAUAUGUCAGUUUGAACCAAAUUGACUGAUUGGCUCUCUUACAAACACAAUCACCUGUGUUCAGUGUUUGCCCAAUGCCAUGUUAAUCUCCAAGGCAGAACUUCCAGAGGCACAAACAGCAGAGACAGGACUGGUAGAUGUGCUGACAAUAUUGUGUCUAUUCUUGGAUGGGGCAAAGUUAUUAAAUCUUAUAGGCCGUUUCAAAUGAUGUUAAAUAAUACCUUGUCUGCCAUAUAUUGUAGCUAGGCAAUCUUUUUUAAUACCAACAUUUUCUUUACGAGCAGGAACCCUUCUUAAAUAACACUCCCCAGAGAGUUGACGUUUUUGAGCACAAUGUGACCAAUGCUUUGUCAAAUACAUAGAUUGAUUUUACCGUGAUGAAGAUUGAGGAAUGCAUUUUUGUUGCCAUUGUUUUGUAUUCUACUUGAAACAGUGCUGUAUUAUUGACUGGAUAUAGUUUUGGGUGUCUUCGGUUAUGGACUAUUAAAUCUCCCAAAAAUGA